CCAAAAGAAAUCUCAGACAUUAGAUUUAUCAUACAAGCAUGCUGCAAAUCAAUACUUCGAGUCAACUCCCGCGAGUGAAUGGACGUAUCCCGGGUAUCUCGAAAAAAUGCAACCAUACUUCAACAACCACUUCAAACUGAGUUCAUUGAAAUCGACAUGGAAGAAACGAUUUAACGAACAUUUGAGAGAAAUCGAAAGAGAUCAAGUAGCAAAAUCAAAUGGUAGGGAUCGUUGCCAGCAAAAUAUUAUCGCUAGUCUGUAUAAUUGUACCACACGGGGAGCAGGUGACGCCCUGUUAACUCCUGGAGUAGGUGACGUCCUCGGUGCAAUGUACAAGAGUGCUUCUACUAUACAAGUUAAGGGUUUAAAAGCUACCGAACUCUGGAAUCAGUUUGAGAAGAAAAGAGCACUACAGAAUCAGCAGCAUAACACAAACAUUGAUAUACAAUUAAGUACGUUGAGAGUGAUGAGCACUUCCGCUACCUGUCAGGAAGAUGAAUUGGCCGGACAGAUGGUAGCUUCGAGUAUCAGUGGCAAGAAAAAUGUUAAACACAAUAAAAAUGCGAAACGUCAAAGCGAUGAAUAUCCCGAGAGAGAAAAGCAAAAAUCACGUAAAACUAGCAUUGAAAAUUCUCAUCAAGCGGAAUGUUCUUAUAGGCUGAAUAAUGUGCUGAAUGUUCAAGAAAGCUUUGAUGAGAACGAUGAGGAAGAAGUUAUUCAAAAUGCCGAAGUAAUAACAGACUUCUUGGGAAACGAUAUUGAAUGUUCGGAGGCAUCGAAAAAACUUUGUUCGGCAUAUAUGGAACAUUAUCCCGAUGGAGACUUAAUUGACCUCCGUUCAUGUUCAUCCUUCCUCAGAAAUAUUCCAAGAUCGAUAUCAAGUUCAUACCUCUCAGAAAUGGACACGAUAACCGAACAAUUAAUUCCCGAUAAUGUGCACAAUUUCCUGGUGCAGUUUUUUUCACAAACUAUUUCGGAUACAGAGUGGCAAGGCAAGGUUGACGACCUACGAUCUCCAGAAGAGAAAGACCCUCUAAUGGUUGCAGUAGUCCGAAUUUUACGUCGGACAUUACCACAAUUUAUUAAGGCGUUCUCUCUCGGACAUCAAAACCCUCUCUUAAACAUCGCAACGAUCGAACAAGCACACCUUAAUGCGUUUGUGCACCCAUGUCUCGAUAGCGCUCUGUGGAAUCUAGCAAAUAUACACUACGAAUAUGGAGAAAUCCCGUCCAGGAAUCACGUUAAUAAAAACCGCGCAGAUGGUGUUGGUUAUAUGACUAAUGCCGACAAAUUUCAACUCGUUUAUGUGGAAGGAUCCAGACCAAACGUGAAGCAAGAAAAGGAGGUCGCUGACAUUAAAAAAAUCAUCAAUAACAUGAAAAGUUUGUUUUCUAAAAUAGUAAAAGAACUAAUUAAAACCCGAAGGCGUUUGCCAGAAAAGCUGAACAUAUUUGGUGGCCAAAGCUUUCGCCUUCGAAUUUAUCUAUAUUACCUUGAUUAUUGUGGUAAGUAUCGAUUAAAUGAAGUCGACAACGCAAACUUACCUCGGGAAUUUUCUGAAAUGCCGGAUUUCGUUUAUUUUUACGAAUGUGUGCUGAAAUGGGCAUUGUUGAUUCAGGCUAGUGUGACUUCCUUUAAUGAAGCAAGAGUUGAGAAGAGGCCCUCGAGAAUGUCAUAUGCAGAAAGCCUAUUUCGACUGCAAGAAUAG